AUGGUCGCUCUUGAUAUCGUGCGCAAACAUAAUUCAGCCCUCAAGGACUUGGGGCCCAACCUGGUGGCCGUCUUCGUCGGCGGCACCAGUGGCAUCGGCGAAACCACAGCCCGGGCCUUUGUGAAACACACCCUCUCUCCGCGCGUCUAUCUCAUCGGACGCAAUGAGAGCCAAGCAUCCCAGAUCAUCGAGGAACUGCGCCGGCUGAACAAGGACAGCCAAGCCAGCUUCAUCAAGUGCGACGUGUCGCGCCUGCACGCCGUGGACGAAGCCUGCAAGACCAUCCAGUCCAAGGAGGACAAGAUCAACCUGUUGUUCAUGAGCCCGGGCAUUAUGACCACCAAGGGCCGCGACGAAACCGACGAAGGCGUGGACAAGAAGCUGAGUCUUCACUACUAUGCGCGCAUGCGAUUCUUGGUCAACCUGUUGCCGCAGCUGACCAACGCGGGCACCUCGAAUCAACUCUCCCGCACGAUCUCCGUGCUAAGUGCCGGCCACGAGGGAAAACUGCUGGUGGAUGACCUGCCGCUGAAGAACAACUACUCACUUCGCAAUUGCGCCAACCACGCCACCACCAUGAACUCCCUGGCCAUGGAAGAGCUGGCGGCGUCGCACCCAGCCACCUCCUUCAUCCAUGCCUACCCCGGUGGAGUGAACACAGGCCUGCUGGACAAAAUGCUAGGCCGGUUCGGCUCGAAUGCUCUUGCCUUCCUGGCGAGCCCGUGGAUGGUUCCUCUGGAUCAGAGCGGCGAGAGAUAUCUCUAUGCGGCUACCAGCUCGACUUAUCCCUCGCGAGAUCGCAAGGCUGAUGACGCUGUGAGUGGAUCUGACGGGACCAAGGGUUCGGGGGCGUAUCUGCUCUCCUGGGAUGGCUCCGUGACUGGGAACCAGAAGAUCUUGAACGGGUAUCGCAGCGAUGGGACCCGGAAGACAGUGUGGGAACAUACGCUCGGAGUAUUUGAGAGUGUCUGUGGGAGGAAGGAGUAA